AUGGCUACUUACGAACCUUCUCUGGUCCCCAAUGACCCAACCUUGGUCGGUUCUCGACUCUCCGACUAUGAGGGAUCUGUGGACGAGAAGCUUCCAAGCGAGCAAAGCGCUUCGCACGUCUAUCAGAUCCAUAACACGUUGUUCCGAAACCAUUACAAUGUGUCCAACGCCCAAGGGAAGCAGCUCUACCGGGUGGAGAACUCCUCCUGCAGGCCCAAGAAGCCAGACCUUACCUUCCAUGCAGGGUCCGACGAGAACGGCCCGACUGUGGCAGUAUGCAAAUUCCUACAUUUUUCAAGACAUCUCAAGGUCGGUCUGGGCGAUCCCAGCGAUAUCAACGGUAUAAAAUACGAGGAUCUGCUGGCGCAAGACCACCGACACGCCAAGUAUCGUUGGCAGAUGACGAUGCAGACUGCCCGGGGCCCCGAACGGCACUCAUUUCUCUGCACCCGGACACACUCGGUUGGGAUAAAAGAGGACCACAAGACGAACAGCUUGAGCAAUCGCAACUUCAAACUCGUUGAUGAGCAGAACGGCAAAGUUGUGGGUGUAUUUACCAACGCUGUUUGGAAGAACAGGGAGACAGGCAGGCUUCACAUGUAUGUGGAUUAUGGGCAGGAAUUCGACCUUAUGGCACUAGUCACAGUGCUAGCCUUGUACGAGAAAGCCCGGCGACGCAGGGACUCUGCUGCUGCCAGUGCACAAAGUUUUGGUGCUGAGGACCCUAUUGAUGACUGUGAUGAAUUACGACCCUCUUGUUCAAACUGCUCAAAACGUCUGGCAACCUGCGAGUAUGACUCUAGCGCAUCACUGCUAUGGACAAAUGAAGAACCCCCUUCUCGCAUACGGCCCAAGAAGAUCAGCCCAGCAGGGGUUUCCCAGUCUGACUCUCCCGCGGCUACGACUGCCAGCUCCCUCAGCAUCCUGGGGAGAUGGGGUGAUGCAUUUGCCGUCUCGCAAGCAGUCCCCAGCUUGAACAUCACAGACCUGGAGCUGAUGAUGCAAUGGUGCAACUCAACGCACAAAAGUGUGUCUCGGGGCGAACACACGGACCACAUCUGGCGCUUUAGCGCUUCAGAGGAAGCAAUUACGCAUCCUUUCCUAAUGCACGGGCUACUCGCGUUGUCCUCCCUGCAUAUUGCACGAACAAAGCAUGAUACCCAGCAGCGUCCGAUUUAUCUCAGCACUGCCGUUGCACAUCAGGCUCAAGCACUGGCCCUAUUUCGCGAGAGGCUAAGUGAUAUCAACUCGUCUAAUGCAAGGGCUAUGUUUGCAUUUGCCAGUGUUGUGGUCUAUUAUACUUUUGGCUUACCUCACGCACCCGAGUCUAGCGAUUCAUGGGCAAACGUGGAUGACCUACUUCAGAUAUUCACGCUCGCGCGUGGAGUUCAACAGAUCCUGAACCAAGCUACCUCGGUCAUAAAAAAUGAUGAAUGGAGCAUAAUCUUCAAGGUGGAAGACUUGAAUGAGGACUACUUGAGAGAUGCACAGUCAAGCUUGGAGCGGUUGCAUGAGGUGAACAACGCUUGCGGGGUUCAAGAUGACACCCAUGACACAGCUGCCUACGAAAAUGCACUUGACCGUCUGGCAGACAUGCUGGCUGAGGCGCGUACUGGUAUGCCCUCUGUGUCGACUUCCUGCCGAUGGGCAAUCAGACAAUUUCCUGAAUUCAUGGAACUUUUGCGGGAGCGCAAACCGCUAGCUUUGGUUAUCUUAACAUACCACUGCGUUGUAUUUCAUCAUCUGAGGGAUGCAUGGUACAUAGGUGAUCGGGGAAGCAGAGUGGCCCGAGCAUUAUGGGACAUUUUGGACGAUGAAUGGAGGCCACUGAUUGAGGGUCAAAUGCUGGAAAUAUUCGGGGAGACACACCCGACUAAUACACCUGAUACAGCUGGAAUAGGACAGCAGGAGAUUGAUCAAUGA